AUGGCAGCAGAACAGGCACUUGGACUCACAGCAUGUGUGAUUACGGCAAUUUUGUUCGGUUCCAUGUUUGUGCCAGUGAAACAUUUCGAAAUUGGUGAUGGAUUUUUCGUGCAAUUUUGUGUGGAUUUUGGUAUAUUUGUGGUUGGGCUAUUCGUCAAUUUUUACAUGCGAUUUCCAGCAUUUCAUCCACUAGCUAUGGUUGGUGGUGCCCUUUGGGCCACU